AUGGUCAAAAGGCUUGCUUGCCGAGUAGAUGUUGCAGCGCCGCUCCGACCUCUUUUGGAACAGGAUCCGCUUGGGAGCCCGAGAUGGGGGCGUGCAGGAGAAGCGCUGCUAGGGCUGCCGAGGACGAGAUGGGCAUUACUCAGCCCCUCUCCUCCUUUCCUUCUCAGCCCCUCUCCUCCUUUCCCUCUUAGCCCCUCUCCUCCGUUCCCUCUCAGCCCCUCUCCUCCUUUCCCUCUCAGCCCCUCUCCACCUUUCCUUCUCAGCCCCUCUCCUCCUUUCCCUCUCAGCUCCUCUCCUCAUUUCCCUAUCAACCCCUCUUCCUACAUCCUUGCACAUGACCUUGCCGCAUGCAACGCCUAUCCAAUGCUGAGUUCAACAUGCUCAAGACGACCCCUCCCUCUCUCCUACACCCCCUCUGCUCCCCCCUGCUGUUGUUUGGAAGGGGGAGCGGCUGCGGCAGCACCUGCCAUUGCUAGGGCUGGAGAAGGUGUCCCUUGUCUCCCUUGUCUUGCUCUCCGUUUUCCCCCUUGUCCCUCGCUCACUUUCCGCUUUUACUUCCCUCCGUUUUCCCCCAUGCUUCUCCCACCCUUUCCCCCCUGCUUUCCCCCUUCCAUGAGCGCUCGCAUUCCCCUUCCGGACGAGCUGCUUUCCCCACUUCUCCCCACACAACUCCCCUUUCCCUACGCGCCAUUUCCCCACCUCUCCCCGCGCAGCUCCCCCCUCCCUAUGCGUUGCUUCCCCAUUUUCCGCCGCGCUGCUCCCCCCUCCCUACUCGCAUCCCGUUCUGCCAUUCCCUCCUUGUCCUUCCCUCCUUUCCCCCCUUGUCCCUCCCUCCCUUACCCUUUGUCCUUCCCUCCUUGUUUCGAUCACUCUCGUUUCCCCCCUUCUCCUUCCCUCCUUUCCCCCCUUGUCCCUCCCUCCCUUUCCCCUUGUCCUUCUCAACGUUUUCCCCCAUCCUUCUGUCCUUGCCUCCAGUUCCCCCCUUAUCCCUCCCUCCCUUCCCUUCCCCCCCUUUCCAUCCCUCUGUUUCCACCCUUGCCCAUCCCUCCCUUUCUACCCUCGCUGUACUUCCCUCCCUUUUCACCCUUGUUUCUCCCACCCUUUCCCCUUUGUCCUUCCCCCUUUUUUUACCCUUGUUUCUUCCACCCUUUCCCCCCUGUCCUUCCCUCCUUUUUCACCCUUGUUUCUCCCACCCUUUCCCCCCUGUCCUUCCAUUCUUUUUCGCCCUUGUUUCUCACACCCUUUCCCCCUUGUCCUUCCCUCCUUUCUCACACUUGUUUCUCCCACCUUUUCCCCUUGUCCUUCCCCCCGUUUUUCCCCCUAUUAUCUCCCUCCCUGAGGCCUUGUCCUUCCCUCCAUUUCCCCCCUAUCCCUCCCUCCCUUUUCCCCUGUUCUCCCCUCCAUUUCACCCCUGAUCCAUCCCUCCCUUCCCCCUUGUCCUUCUUUCCGUUUUCCCCUAUGUUUCUCCCUCCCUUUCCCCCUGUCCUUCCCUCCAGUUUCCCCCUUGUCCCUCUCUCCGUUUCCCCCCUUUCCUUCCCUCCGUUUCCACCCUUGCCCAUCCCUCCCUUUCCCCUGUGUCCUUCCUUCCGUUUCCCCCCUUGUCUCACCCUCCCUUUCCCCCAUGUCCUUCCCUCCGUUUCGCCCACUUGGCAUUUGCCCAUCACCCAUCGCACAGCACAGCACACAUGUCACGCGUGCAUGCCUCUGUACCAUAGAUGUCAUGCGAGCAUGUGUGACACUUGUAGGUUCCAAGCCCACGUGGGUGUAUUUCCCACCUACCGUGCAGCUAGCCACUCCCCCCUGCACUGCACCUGCCUCUUCUUCACCCACCCUGUGCUUCCCCUAGUGCCUCCCCAUGUGCCUUACUCUGUGCCUCCUCCGGUGCCUCAAUCUGCGUUUUCCCUCUGCCUUUCGCCGGCCCUGGCCGUUGGCACCUCCUCAGUCGUGCGCCUCCCCACCACCUCCCCAUUCCCUGCCACCCUCUGCCCCCCAUCGUUCUGCCCAUCUCUCCGCGUGACUUCCCGGGUGGGUGUGGGGAAGAUGGCGAGUUAG